AUGGUGAUCUGUAUUUAUAACGCACGUACACUUGCAUCGGAAGCGGCCAUCGAAAAUCUGAUGAUGCAAGCCAAGAAGAUCAAGUACGACACUGGAGAAGAACUGUUCUUAGGAACAUGCGACAGUAAAGGUGUUGGUAGAGUUGGCGUCCUCGUCAACACGAGAACGGCAAAGAACAUCGACUCUUUCGAACAACUUACGACCCGAAUCGGACGUCUGCGGAUGAGAAGAUGUGGUCCAACACCAGCUUUGACUAUCUUCGUCGCUUACGCUCCAACAUCGAGCUACGAAGAAGAAGAAGUCGAAGCUUUCUAUAUGGACCUAGAGAAGUUCUACCGAGAAGAUCAUGCCUUCUACAAGGUCAUAAUUGGCGAUUUCAACGCCAAGGUUGGCCCGAGAAGAACGCCGGAGGAACUUCUCAUCGAGACCCCCGGCCUACAAUGGAAUGACCAGGGGGAGAGGCUCUCCGAGUUCAUCAUGACGACUAAGACCAUUCAUGGGAACUCGCAAUUCCAGAGGCCCUCCUCUCUACGCUGGACGUGGGAGUCACCCGGUGGAGGGUACCGUAAUGAAAUAGACCACAUCAUCGUCAAUAAAAGGUUCUGCCUGACGGACGUCGGUGUUGUACCAAAGUUCUAUACGGGAUCGGACCAUCGCCUCCUCCGAGGAAGAUUUUCCUUCACAAGGAGAGCAGAGAAAGCCGCCAAAUUCAGAGAGAGAAAUUCCAGGACUACCAUCAACUGGGAUCUCUUCGCUACGCUAGCCGGCUUUUGGGAAGAUUCCGCAAUGGACAACAUCGACGAGGAAUAUGACCGGCUUAUUGAACACCUUCACGACUGCGCGAAGAAGGCUGAGAGUAUUAAAACCACCGAAAGGCGCCUGUCUCUUGAAACUCCUGAGCUGACACGCCAGCGUGGAGCAGCACGAGCCGCAGGGAACCAAGAACUCACGUCCGAGCUCGCAAGGGUUUGCAGAGAGGCGAUAAAGGAAGAUCUUAAAGAGAGAAGAGCAGAAGUGCUGGCUGAAGCUGCAGAGGCGGAGAAAAGCAUCCGCUAUGACCAUCGAGACUUCGCCAGUCGCAAGACAAGGAUGACUGCUCUUCGGAACCCAAAGGGAACAGCCAUUGCAUCGAGAAGGGGGAUGGAGAAAAUCAUCUACGACUUCUACUCUGAUCUCUUCCAUGUCCGCUUGCCUCUUCACCAUCUGAGGGAAGAUGGAUAA